AUGUUGGAUCCUUCAAAACGUUUAAGAAAUGCAAUCAUAGCUGGAAAUUUACCAAUAGUAGAACGUAUAAUAAAUCGAUUUCCUGAAUUAUGGCUAAAUCCCAAUCAUCAGCAAGAAGGUUGGACUAAUUUACAUUAUGCUUCAUAUUAUGGACAUUAUUUAAUAUGUUAUUUUCUUAUAUCAUUUAUAAAAAAUGAAAAUAACUUAAUUGAAAAGAAUCAUAUUGAUUUAUUAACAUUUGAUAAUUUAUCUGUAUUACAUUUAUGUAUUGAAUCAACUCACUCAAAUCCACAAACUUUACAUUACCUCCUCCAAGAAUGUCAGUUUUGGUUAAAUCAAUCAAACAAUAAAAAGCAAACCCCAUUACAUUAUUCAUGUAUGUUUGGAUUUAAGGAGGGAGUGAAGUUGUUACUUGAAUUUGGUGCUGAUUUAUAUGCAGAAGAUAUCGAAGAAAAUACUGCUUUGCAUUUAUGUUUCCAAUUUGGAAAUUUAGAAUGUUUGAAAGAGAUACUUAAACAUAUAAUAAAAGAGAAUAAAUUCAAUAAAGAAAAGGCAAAGCUUGAAAUUGAAAAAUUUCAAAAUUUUAAAAAUAAACUGGGGUGGGUUGCAAAAGACUACGCCUCAUCAUUUGAUUUAAUUCUUCAAUACGAGGAAUUAAAAAUUGAUUUAUUAUCUUUUGAAUAUGAUAAUGAGACUGAUAAUGAUAGUUUACUCAACAAAUUUGCCGAUUUUGAUGAUAUCUAUUUAAUUAAUAAUGAUGUAUCCCCAAUAAUUUCAAAACCUUCAUCAUCGCAAACUUCAUUAAUAGAAGAAACUAAUUCAGGUAGUAAUAAAAUUUUAACAUCUCCGAUAGUUUCAGUUUCAUCACAAUCAUUUAGUGAUAAACCAAUAACUCGAAAAGCAAAAUCACAAUCAUUACCAAGUGAAAGAAUACCCAAUCAACAAACUCCGCAAUCUACUCAACAACAAUCUACACAACAACAAGCUGCACAACUUUCUUCAAAUAUACGAAAACGGUCAAAUACUUCAUAUGUAUAUUAUAAACAACCGGUACAACCACAAUCAUCAUCAACAACAUCAUCAUCAACACAACCAUUGCCACAACCUUUAAAUUUAAAUAAGGAGUCAAAUAAUAAUCUCGUUUCCAGAUCUUCAUCAAAUUCAAUUGCUUCAAUGGGUAUAGCUCCACUAACUCCAAUAACUCCUCAAUUAAAUCAAACACCUUCAUUAAAAUCAGUGACAAUAUCACCAUCAAUAAGAUCAAAUAAUACAAUUUUACCUCAAAAUGAUGGAGAUGAGGAGCCAAAUUCACCACAAUCAAUAUUAUCUAACUCAUCGUCAUUAUUUACAAUAUCACCAAACAAACAACAACCACAACCACAACCACUUCGAAAGAAAUCAUUUUCAUUUUCAAAAACAGUUGUAUUACCAUCUAUAAAUUCAGAAAAGGAAGAGUGGCCAUUGGUAAAAGAAGAAAGAGAAGCAAGUAAUACAAGUUCAAAAAAAUAUCAGCAUCCAUCAAUGCCAUCUAGAAAUGGUCAUUCUUAUUCAUUUAACAGUAAUUCUUCAAUUAGUAGUAUAAAUAGUGCUAAUUCAAAUUCAAAUUUGAAUAAUGAGAAUUAUGUUGCUAGAAGUAGUGAUAGUAAAGAAUUAUUAAGAUCAAGGUCGUCUGGUACGUUACCAAAGAUAAAUCAUACAAUUACAAUUACUACAAAUGAUGAAAAUUUUAAGAGGUUUAAUAAUAGUUUAAAUUCAUUAAGCAGUGGGAGUGGGAAAUUAUCAAAUAUAAAUUCAAAUAAUUCAAAUUCAGGUUCAGGUUCAGGUUCAGGUUCAGGUUCAGGUUCAGGUUCAGGUUCAAAUUCAAAUAAUACAGUUAAUUCAAAUGAUAAAUUUAAAAAUUUUGGAGUUAAUAGUAUAAAUUUUAGUAGGGUAAGGUAG